AUGGAAUGGGAGGAUAUGUUUCCAUGGUCGGGUGAGUUGGCAAUAGUAAGAAGUACUAAUGCCUACACCGAUGAAGAAGUGCGAAAGAUUCUUCAGAAAGCUAAAGAUUUGAAGCUUGAAGUGAUUCCGUUGGUGCAGACGUUCGGCCAUAUGGAAUGGAUUUUGAAAUAUGAGGAAUUCCGGAUGUAUCGUGAUGAUGUUCUCUAUCCACAGGUAUGUGGUGGUCAUCUGUCUGGGCAAGAAAAAGCUGUAGAUUUGAUCAAAAAAGCAAUCAAACAAGUUGUCGAUAUGCAUCUUCCAUACGGUAUAAAACACUUUCACAUUGGAACUGAUGAGGCAUUCCAGUAUGGGACGUGCGACUAUUCAAAUAAACUGCUAGGUAAAGACGUUUGGCCUGAGGAUCUGGCUCUCAAACAUAUUAAAGCAAUUGCUACCUAUACAAAAUCGAUUGCAACGGAGGCACAGUUAGUUCUUUGUUUCUUAUAG